AUGUCUCAGCCACAGAAGAGUUGGGUGUCCAGCGUCAAACUCGCCCUGGCAAAGCCGGGGAAGCGCUAUCCGGUGCACUCCAGCCAGCAGCUGAUGGUGUCGGAUGAACCGUCUUCCUCCGAUGGCACCUCUUCCGACCUCAGUCAUCACCAGCCCAACGAACUCCGGCCAUCGGCGUGGUUUGAAAGUUUCACGACAUUUGCUGGCUCGACCACUAUGAUGAUAAUUAUCCUAGUCGUCAUACUGGCGUGGAUCAUCGUGGGCAUCAUUUUCAAGGCCCCCACCACCUGGCAGAUAGUGAUGAACGACAGCAGUUCGAUCCAAGUAUACAUCACCAACACGCUCCUGAUCCACCAGCAGUUUUACAACCAUCACCGCACCCUUAGGCUGUUUGCCGACAUGCGCAGCAGAAGCCUCUCAGUGCGGGAAAUAAUCACCUCUCUGCUCCAAUGCCGUGUUCCGACUUGCCAUCAUAGUUAUGUUACUGUUCACCACCACAAGAGCAGUCAGCUGACGACGGAGAGCACGUACGACAAGUGGGUCAACCGCAUUCUGGCCACGGUUGGAUCUUGGUAUUCAAUAGCCAUCUACUGGACCGGCAUCGUCAUCUGGCUGGGACUCGGCAACUCGGUGCAAUGGGACAACAAUUGGCAGCUGGUCAUUAACACCGCUACUGCCGUGGAGCUGACCUUCACCACCGUCUUCCUACAGCACGUACGCCAUCGCCAGUUAAAGUUCAUCGAAACGUCCGUGGACCUUGUCAAGGCUCAAGAUGAGAGGCUUCUUGAAUAUCUGCGUCUUAUCGGUGGCUGUGUUAAGCAGGAGGUGCCUGAGGUCGAGAUUCCGUCACAGCGGCUGGGUUUCGCCCAUCGUUUCAUCGACUACUAUGCAGCCGUUCUUGGUGGUAUCCCAGGCAUGACCCUCUUCGUUGCCGUCCUGAUCUCCUGGCUUGGUGUAGGCCAUAUUAUGCAGUGGAGCUCAAACUGGUGGCUGAUAUUCGGCACCUACACGGGCCUGGUCUCCUUCAUCGACGAGUUCGUGCUACGGAACAUUCAGAUGCGCGACAACGAGGAGCUAGACGUCGAGCUAAGCAACAUUGUCUCUAUCGACAGCGCUAGUCUCACAGCUCUUGACAACCAGUCCCCAUCGCCAGCCUCUCUGCCCCAGGAUACCAAUGCUGCCCUGAAUUUAACCCAACGCAUGUUCCAGAUAAUCGUCUUCUCAGUUUCCUGCUGGCAAUCCGUUAUAGCUUCGUUCGUUUUCACCUUUGCCGUUAUAUUCGUCGCAUCGGGAAUGCGCUGGAACUUGACAGGCCAGUUGAUCUGCAACACUCCCACAAUGAUCAUUGAGGGCUAUCUGAUGAUCAUAUUGUUAUAUGGACAACACUCAUCUAUCACUAAGCGGGGUAUUCAGUUUGACGAUAUAUUGCUCCAGCGGACUACACUGUUCAGCAAACUUGAAGCUUUGUAUCCGCUUACCAACGCAUCUUCGAACACACUAGAGAUAGAUAAAAAGACCUAG